AAUGCACUAACCCAUCAUAAUACAGAGACACCCACAUCCCAAUUUUUCAUCCAAAAUCAAAAUGCAUUAUUCCUCAAAGCCAUAUUUGAUCAUUCCAUUUAUGCUCUGCUUCUCCAGUCCUUUUCUUUCUGCAGGCUCUCUCUUCCAUGUUUGCUUCGACAAGAACUCUACAAGCCCUGGCUAUGAUUCCAGCUUGGAUAAACUAGCAAGCCUCCUCCAAGCCAAUGUUCCCCCAACCGGCUCUGGAGUUGGCUCGGUUGGCCAGGCCCUAACCCGAGCCAAUGGCCUGGCCCUCUGCAGGGGCGACACCUCUAAGUCGAACUGCACAGACUGCAUCAUAGAAGCAAGUAGAAAGAUUAGAGUCUUUUGCCCUUCCACUAAAGGAGCCAUCGUAUGGUACGAUACUUGCCUGUACAAGUACUCGAACGAGGCCUUCUUUGGGCAGAUCGACAACAAGCACAAAUUCUAUCUAUUCAACGCGGACGAUGCGGAAGAGCCGGAUUUCAACGAGAAAACGAAGAAUCUGCUAAGCCGGUUGGUGAACAAAGCUUAUACAAGCCCAGUCUUGUACGCCACCGGGGAGCAAAAGCUUGAUGCUGUUGGUCCCAUACAUUUGAUCAACACGGUAGUGCACGGACUGGUGCAAUGCACCAGAGAUCUUUCCGGAAAGGACUGCAAGAAGUGCCUUGAGGAUGCUAUCAGUGAGUUCCCAGAUUGCUGCGAGGACAAACAAGGAGGGAGAGUUGUCGGCGGCAGCUGCAACUUUCGAUACGAAGUUUAUGACUUCAUUAACACUAAGUGACACAUGUUGAAAAUUUAAACUUGCACCGAAGUCUAGGCAAAGUAAAUGAAUCUGGAAGAAGAAGAAGAAGAAGAAGUUGAGGAAGCCCACAUAUACAGCAUGGUAGAAGAAAUCGAGAAAGCCUUCUGGAAUUCCAAUAAAACCCUUAAUGUAUUGUAUUUCUGUUUAAGCUUUAGCCUAUAAAUAGCCCUUGUAUCAAAGUGUUUGACCAAAUCCGACAAUAAGAUAUUCUUCCUCGUUGUUCAA